AUGACCAUUAUUCAAUUCCUUACCCGCCUUAUACGGGGCAAACCUCAGACGAACUCCCUGAUCCUUCAGCUACCGGUCGAGAUAAUUGUCAAAAUAUUGGCCUUGCUUCCUUUCCAUUCUCAGCUCCUUGUCUACCAGACCUGCCGUCCUCUACGAGUCAUCACUUAUGAAUACUUUUUGACUGGAAAGGGAAAUGUUACAGACCUAGCCAGAGCCACACGGGAAGACAAAUUGCUGUACCUCACACCUCUCGCCCGGUCUCUACCUGAUCGAUGGGUUUGCGUCAACUGUUGCAAGCUUCAUCAAAUUGACAAAUGGGACACACCGUUACACGACACAUUCUGUUAUCUUUUCUGUCAAGAUGGAAUGGAUACCACAGAGGGAUACAGAGUAUCCAGGGUUGGCUGGCCUCAUUACUAUCCAAAUCACAGGCAUGUUGAACUUACGCUCAAAUACACGAGAAUGGAAGAUAUAAAACGGAGGCAUCAAAAAUAUCUUCGAAGACUCCUUACACCACACCAUGGCCCAAUCAUGGGAUAUUUUGAUGUAGCCAAGGGCAUCUCAGGGAGAAUCUCAGUCUACCCCAAGGUUGUUAACGAAAGAUACCUACUACUAUCCAUCUUCACUUACGUUGAAGGUGAGACUAAGGUAUCUCGACAGUCGAUUAAGUUUUUAGAGAUAUGCUCACAUAUUUCUGACCAAGAAAUAUGUAAUAUUGCAUACGGAUGGGAGAAAAAUAUUAAUGAAGCUUUUGAAACAGCUUUAUCUGCCAACAAUACUCAGAAAUUUUUCUCUUGUGGUUUGUGUGGAACGGAUUACUCGAUACAAGCUUCACCAGAGCGCUUUGUUAUAUGUGUAUGGCAGGAUUUUGGACCGGAAGGAACGAUACAUGAUGUAGAUUGGAGAGCAAUGGUGUGUGAAAAUGGGCUUGUUCAUCACGAACCUGGAAGCGUUCGGAAGUUGUAUGGUCCACAUGUACAUAGUGGCGAGACCUAUUAG